CAUCCAAGUAGUCCGAUUUUUUACCUUGAUCUUUGGUUGUGCUAUAGACCCUUUGUUUUUCAGGCUGUCGCUUAAAAUUUUAACAGAAUAAUAAGAAAAUAAUGCUCUAUCUGUUCACCAAUUUUGGUGCAAACUCAAGUGGUCCAUUUUUUGGCCUUGACAUAUUUAACAUGCCGCAACUCUUUUGUUUUUUAAUCUGCGACGUAGAAAAUCUAGGAGGAUGAUGGGUAAAUUAAGCUUACUUAAUGUGCUAACUUUGAGGGGAAUCAGAAAAGUCUAAUUUUUUACCUUGAAAUCUUUGACCUGCUAUAAUUAUUUUGUCUUUGGGCCUGCCACCUAGAAAAUUCACCAGAAGAAUCCCAAAGUUAAGGUUUAUAUGAGUGUAAAUUUCCAAGAGGAUUGAAGUGGUCCGCGAAUAUCGAUAGCAAUAUGAAUCUGAAUCUGGUGCAAACUUGAUGGCCGUGCGUUGCCUGGCAGCGGGCGAAGCGCUGGAGGUCACGGAUGGGGUUGGAGGCGGGCGGUGCUUCUCGGGAUUGGCGCCGCGAUUCGAUUUCCUAUUGUUUCUCGGACGGGUGUGCAUCAUUUCGUGUAUCCACUCAACAGCAAUGCUUAGAUUUCUUACUUAUUCCGUCCUGAAAGUUUCUCGAGUUCAGGUGGUGGAACCGCUGCCUGCGGUAGCUUGUCAACAUCGCCGGUGCUUGCAAACGUCGAAUGUUUUCGGGACAGAUGAGUCGGAUCAGUCUGAAAACUACUUUAAAGUGUUUUCACUUGAGACAAAGUUCGAUGUGGAUACCUCCGAACUGAGCAGCAAGUUUCGUUCUCUUCAAAGACAAUGGCAUCCAGAUAAAUAUGCAAGCAAAACUGAGACUGAGCAGGCUAUGGCUGCCAAGGAAUCAUCAGUCAUCAACCGGGCAUACAGAACGCUGAAAGAUCCAUUGAGAAGGAGCUUGCACCUCUUGAAGCUGUCUGGGUUUCCUCUGGAAGAAGGAACAAUGGAUGUUGAUCCAGAGUUUUUGAUGGAAAUCAUGGAAAUCAAUGAAAAGUUAGCAGACAUCUCAUCACAUGACAAGAUGAGCAUCUUGAAGGCUGAGAAUGAGGCAAUGUUAGGGCAUCUAAGAAGCUCGAUCGCCACUGCAUUCGCUGCCAAAGAUUUUGAAGAAGCCCGAAAGAUGACAGCUCGGAUGAAGUACUACGUGAAUAUCAGUGCCAAAGUCCUCCAGUUUGAGAGGGAACGGGGAAUAUAAUUUAGAAUUGGAAUGGCCAGAGCUACGUUUAUGUAGAGUGCUUACCAGCCUAGGCAGAUUAAAGUGGGAUGUUUUUUGAAUGAAGCUGCCGUGAAAGGAGAAUGUUUCCCAGUAGGUUAACUUGCAUGGAGCGGGCGAUCGUUGCCCCAGAUCUGCCCUCCAACGUCAAAAGCGCGUAACUAACAUUUUUAUCGAAAUAGAGUUAUUGGUAUCACUGGGUUCGUCUCGACGAGUCACACAUUUUGACCAAGUGAAAAGUGUAUAUUCAUUGUUUAAAGAAAUUAAAACGGAUUUAAGGUUCGUAGACUCGCGUAUAAGCAGUGCUUGUAAGGUUUUCCAAAGACAGAAACGAGUAACUGACACGCAUCUGUGAGACGCGAGCCUCAAUUGUUUCACUAUGCUCCGUUUUCCGGGUCAUAAACACGCAUCCGUUUA